AUGUCACAGAACAAUCUGCCUGGCAUUGAGGUAUCGGCCAUCAGCGUCUUAAAGAGAGCUGUAGAACUUGACCAGAGCUCUCGCUUUCAGGAGUCUCUGAUAUGCUACCAGGAGGGCAUUCAGCUUUUAAUGGAUGUCCUUAAAGCUGUCAAAGAUGACUCAAAGAAAGUCCACUACAGAGAGAAGAUCAAGGGAUACAUGGCACGAGCAGAACAGAUUAAAGAACAUGUCAACCGAGCAAAAGAGGAGGGCAAAUACCAUGAGCAGAUCAGAAUUUCAAACAAUGCCACUGGCUACAGUUUUGAGACACUCUUCAGACCAUACACUCAGGACGGACUGACUGAAGUCUGGGUAGAGGAUCCUUAUGUGCGCCAUGUUCACCAACUGUAUAAUUUCCUGCGUUUUUGUGAGAUGCUUGUGAAGCUCCCCAGUAAAGUCCAGAAAAUUCACCUCUUGACUUCACAAGAUGAAGACAGCUCUUCUCAGCAGGCCAGUGCUUUUGAAGACAUAAAGCAGUCAUUACAAAGUCAUGGUGUUGCUAUGGAUGUUCAAUACUCCUCCACCAUUCAUGAUAGGGAAAUCAGGUUUGAUAAUGGAUGGAUUAUUAAAAUUGGAAGAGGGCUUGAUUACUUUAAAAAGCCAAAGGCUCGAUUCUCCAUUGGAUACUGUGACUAUGACUUGAGAGAGUGUCAUGAGACUACUGUGGAUGUUUUUCACUCAAAGCACACAAAGACAAAAUAAACCCCAGAAGAAGUGAGGUUUCUUUUUUACUUUCACCAAAUGGAGUGAGUUUAGGGGAUCGUCCUUUGAUGUCUUCCUGU